AUGGAUGCUUCUUUUGAUGAGCAUAACUCAUACACAGGCAUUGGACUAAUUAUUCGUGAUUCUGCAGGAAAUUGUAAAGGUAUCAGAGGCAGGUUCAUCAAUGAAGGAGUAGAUCCAGAGUAUGGGGAAUGUCUAGCCUUCAAAGAAGCUAUCAUCUGGGCUAGAGAGAAGCAGAUAACCAAAGUACUGUUUGAAACAGACUGUGUAAAUAUGGCCAACUCGGUGAAGAAAGCAAAAUCUUCGGUUCAUUCGAUGAACGAAGGCAUUGUAAAUGAAAUAAAGCAUCUUCUGUCUUGGUUUUCUUGGUUUGAUAUCAGUUAUGUUAAAAGACAAGCUAAUAGCGCAGCACAUGUAAUAGCUAACAAAGCAAGAACUGGCAUGACAUCUUUUGAUUAUUCUUGUAACAUCCCUGAAACUUUCAUGGAUGAAAUUAGCAAUGAUAGGAACAAGGCCAGUCUAAAUCAUAUGGGAGGAGGAUCAGUAGUAGACAAGAUUAGGAUGAUGAGAGAGGAAGUGGUAGAAGAAAUGUCGGUCGUAUCGUCUCCUCCAACUAUGGGUAGUAUGCAAAUUGCUGGAAGUAAUGGUUUUGGCCAUAACAUUGAGUUCAUUCCUGAUCACCAUCAAGCUUAUAUGAGAAAUAACAGGAAUUCAGAGAUUGAUAUCGUAGAAGACCCUUCACACUGCAUUGCCGACCGCCCUCUACCAAUAUAUCUCAAGUUUGUGGAUGUUGAGUAUAAGGUGAAAACCAAACAAGGUUAUACGAAUAAUCCCGUAAAGUCUAUGGUGUCAAAGAUGGCGUCGCAGUUGCAUAUGGAAAGAGAGCAUCACAAACACAUAUUGAAAGAUAUAACGGGAAGUAUAGGUCCUGGUGAAAUCCUUGCUUUAAUGGGGCCUUCUGGUAGCGGGAAGACGACUUUGCUCAAGAUAAUAGGUGGUAGAUUGCAAGAUAAUGUCAAAGGAUCCAUUACGUACAACGACAUUUCAUAUAAUCCAGCUCUUAAGAGGAGGAUUGGAUUCGUUACGCAAGACGAUUUACUUCUCCCUCAAUUAACAGUGGAAGAGACUCUUGUUUUUGCUGCUUCCCUGCGGCUUCCAAGGAACAUGAGCCCACAACAAAAGUAUUUAAGAGUUGAGACAAUUGUCAAGGAAUUAGGCCUUGAAAGAUGCCGUCACACAAGAGUUGGAGGUGCAUUUGUGAAAGGCAUAUCUGGAGGUGAAAGGAAAAGAACUAGUAUCGGUUAUGAAAUUCUUGUAGAUCCUUCGCUUUUGUUACUCGACGAACCCACUUCAGGUCUUGAUUCUACCUCUGCAAACAGACUCCUUCGAAUACUUCAGAGCAUUGCCAUGACAGGAAGGACGGUAAUUACAACUAUUCACCAACCCUCAAGCAGGAUGUACCAAAUGUUCGACAAGCUUCUGUUGAUAGCCGAAGGUUACCCAGUCUACUAUGGAAAGGCUAGAGAAUCCAUGGAGUAUUUUUCAUCUUUAAGAUUUGUCCCACAGAUCGCUAUGAACCCUGCAGAGUUUUUACUUGAUCUAUCAACUGGACAUGUGAAUGACAUUAGUGUCCCACAAGAUUUACAGACACCGCGCGGAUCUCCUGAAUUCGAAAGAGAUGUAAUCAGAUAUUUACAGCAUAAAUACAAGGCUAUAGUGGAACCAAAAGAAAAAGAGAAUCAACGAACAAUGCCAACUCCGACAAAUCUUCAGAUGGCUAUUCAAGUUAAGAAAGAUUGGACAAUGUCUUGGGGAGAACAAUUUAUGAUACUACUGAAGAGAACAUAUAGAGAGAGGUGUGUAGAUUACUUUGACAAGCUAAGACUAGUGCAGUCCUUAGGAGUUGCAGUUCUACUAGGACUUUUGUGGUGGAAAUCCAAGACUGGAACCGAAGCGCAACUACGAGAUCAAGUUGGCUUGUUGUUCUACAUUUGCAUUUUUUGGACAUCAGCAUCGAUAUUUGGAGCAGUAUACGUAUUCCCAUUCGAAAAAGUUUACUUGGUGAAAGAACGUAAAGCCGAUAUGUACAGACUUAGUGCAUACUACAUAUCAAGUACAUUGUGUGAUAUGGUGGUUCAUAUAUUCUAUCCAACUGGAUUCAUGCUCAUUUUAUACUUCAUGGCUGAUUUCAAGAAAACAGUUCCUUACUUCUUCUUGACAUUAUUUGCAAUAUUACUGAUUGUCAUUACAAGCCAAGGAGCCGGGGAACUAUUUGGUGCCGCGGUUCUAAGUAUAAAACGAGCUGGAAUGAUGGCUUCUUUGGUACUAAUGCUGUUUCUCUUGACCGGAGGAUAUUAUGUGCAGCAUAUACCAUUUUUCAUGCAAUGGUUGAAGUAUUUGUCAUUCAUGUACUAUGGGUUCCGACUUCUGCUGAAAGUACAAUAUUCAGGAGACGAUUUAUUCGAUUGUCAAAGCCAUUAUGGAUGCCGAAGUUUACAAAGUUCACCAACUUUUGAUACAGUAAACUUGAAAGGUGGACUACAAGAAGUCUGGAUUUUACUUGCCAUGGCUCUAGCUUAUCGAUUGUUCGCUUAUUUGUGUCUCCGUUGGAGACUAAAAGUUUGUGAUCUUUAA